AUGAAACGCGCUCACCCCAGCGACGGCGCCUUCGCUAUGAAUUUCCGGCCGCGGUCUCCUCCCGGCAGUCCUAUACGCAAUGACGCAAGCCGCUCGGCGCAUGAGGAGCCCUUUGCCACCGAAGACGGAUGCCGCAAGUGGCUCAUGGAUGAACGCGAGAGCCUCCAUCAGAGCAUCAUCAACUAUGCAGGCUAUGCGGAGUACAUUGCUGGCAUGGUCGAAGAUGAGGGCAAGACCGUCAGCAGCAUCCCCACAGGGCUUUAUUUCGCGUUCGUCCGCUCUCUGCGCCAGCUGGCCAAGCUCAACAUUCUUAUCGAAGAGUGCGAAAAGGACAAGAGGCUCCUGAUGGGGGAUAUUACGUUCUGGCGCGAGAACUACAAAGACAUGACGGCCAAGGAUAUGGUCGGCAUGGAUAAACCACCUAUGAUGAUAAAGAAUAGCUAUGCUAACGUGCCUAUAGAUGCUGCGAGAACUAUCUGGAAUCCGGAGCACUCCAGCGAGCCGCCUUCGAUUGUCACGGCUCUCUGGUCCAUGGCUCACCAGCCGCUCCCGUCGGAGUGGAAAGAUGAGUCUGAGUGA